AUGGAGUUCGAGAAAGAUUCGCCUCCCGCGGGUGCGCCGGACUCGCCGGACCUGGAACGGCACGAUGCGAAGGAGGCGACGGAUCGAGUCGUUAACUCCGACGGAUAUCGAUGGCUCAAAUACGGCUCCAAAGCUUACUACCGCUGUGCGGCGAGCAACCCGCAGUACCGCUCGCCGGGCGCGGAGCCGUGCAGAGCGCGGAAGCAGAUCGACUACGACGCGUCCACGGGGAUUGUCCACGCGUCCACGGCCGUCGUGCACCUCGCGGGGUCCCCGCACAACCACCCCCCGGUGUCCGUCAUCCCGGCCUGCGGCGCUGCGUCUGGCGCUGCUGCCGCGUCUGGCGCUGCUGCCGCGUCUGGCGCUGCUGCCGCGUCUGGCGCUGCUGCCGCGUCUGGCGCGGCUACAGCUGCGGCUGCAGCGGAUUCGCCGGCUCAGCGGAAGGUGCAGGAAGAGGGUCUGGCGGGUGCAGCACCAGCAGCAGCAGCAGCAGCAGCAGCAGCAGCAGCAGCAGCAGCAGCAGCAGCAGCAGCCAGCAGCAGCAGCAGCCAGCAGCAGCAGCAGCACCAGCAGCAGCAGCAGCACCAGCAGCAGCAGCAGCACCAGCAGCAGCAGCAGCACCAGCAGCAGCAGCAGCACCAGCAGCAGCAGCAGCACCAGCAGCAGCAGCAGCACCAGCAGCAGCAGCAGCACCAGCAGCAGCAGCAGCACCAGCAGCAGCAGCAGCACCAGCAGCAGCAGCAGCACCAGCAGCAGCAGCAGCACCAGCAGCAGCAGCAGCACCAGCAGCAGCAGCAGCACCAGCAGCAGCAGCAGCACCAGCAGCAGCAGCAGCACCAGCAGCAGCAGCAGCACCAGCAGCAGCAGCAGCACCAGCAGCAGCAGCAGCACCAGCAGCAGCAGCAGCACCAGCAGCAGCAGCAGCACCAGCAGCAGCAGCAGCACCAGCAGCAGCAGCAGCACCAGCAGCAGCAGCAGCACCAGCAGCAGCAGCACCAGCAGCAGCAGCAGCACCAGCAGCAGCAGCAGCAGCAGCAGCAGCAGCCAGCAGCAGCAGCAGCAGCAGCCAGCAGCAGCAGCAGCACCAGCAGCAGCAGCACCAGCAGCAGCAGCAGCACCAGCAGCAGCAGCACCAGCAGCAGCAGCAGCAGCAGCAGCACCAGCAGCAGCAGCAGCAGCAUCAAUGGUACGGAACGUCUCAGACUUGUGAGUCGGAAUGACCCCAGCUCUCGCAUCGAUGCGAGCAGUGGGGACUUCGAUCCCACCGGGGGUCCUGGUGCCAAUCACAAUGCUGGCUGUGGCGGUGGCGCAAAUACGAUCCGUAGCUAUGAUGGCAAUGGCGGUCGUAUUCACGUCAGGGGCGGCAGCGGUGGCAACGGCGGGGGCGGUGGCAGUGGUGGUGGCGAUGGCAACGGUUUGGCAGCAGCACCAGUAGCGCCGUGUGAAGUGGCUCAGGCGACCAGCCCCGUCUCUGCUGCUUACCAUCAUCUCUCUGCUGCUCCGUUGCUGCCUUUUGCUUCUGCUCCGCCUUCCCCCACUGCUCGCAAACACCAGGGUGUCCCGAGCCUCGUGGAUUGGGGCGAGGUGGGUCGGAAGCGGAAGGGAAGAGCGGAGAGGGGCGAGGCGAGGGGGGAGGAGAGGGCGGUGAGAAUACGAGGGGGGAUGGGGAGGGAGGAGGUGAGUGCGGAGGGGGGAUGUGAUGGUGUGAGGAGGGGAGAGCUAGAGAAGGUGAGGGAGAGGGUGAGUGAUGGAGGGGGAACGUUGGAGAACAAGGAAGAGAAGAGGACGGGGGAGCGGAAACCUCAGAAGGAACUCGUCCCAGCUCUGCGCUACAGCGAUGUGUGCAUGGAGGGGGUUUGGGAUCGCAAUGGGGAGGACAAGAAGAGCGAGGAGGGUGGGGGAGACGAGGCGAGGGGGGGAGAGGUGGAGAGAGAAGAGGAGGAGAUGAGAGGAGGUAGGGAGAUGAAAGGGGAUGGAGGUGCGGGGGGAGAGUUGGAUUUGGUAGGAGAUGGCGGGACGGGGGGCAGGGGAGGUACGGAAGGGUGUGGGAAUGAGGAUGGUCGGGUUCAGGCUGGGGAGAUGAGGAGAGAGGGGGGAGCAGCAGAAGGCGAGGGAGCAGCAGAAGGUGAGGGAGCAGCAGAAGUUGAGGGAGCAGCAGAAGGCGAGGGAGCAGUGGAGAGGAGGGAAGGAUGGAGGGGAGAGGGUGGAUCGGAAAGGGGCGGAUCUAGGGGGGUGGAGGAAGAGGGCGAGACAGGAGGUGCAGCUUCUGCGCUGAUUGCUCUGGCUGCUGCUGCUGCUGGGAUCAGCCGUCACUCCCCCUCUACCGCCCUCUCACAACCUGUUUUUGAGGCGCCUCAAGAAGUCUCUGCUGCUGCUGGGAUCAGCCGUGACUCCCCCUGCACCACACUGCCAGCCGCACCAGCCCCAUCAGCCCCAUUAACAGUAUCAGCAGCAUCAGCAGCAGUAGCAGUUGGGAAGCCAGCAGGAGAGGCUGUACCUGGGGAGGCUGUACCUGGAGAGGCUGUACCUGGAGAGGCUGUACCUGGAGAGGCUGUACCUGGGGAGGCUGUACCUGGGGUGGCGGAAGCAGGAGGAGGAGGAGAGAGUGGAGCAAGAGAAGGGGGAGCAGGAGGUUUUGAGGUUGCAGAAGGGUGGGGACCAGGAGGAGGGGGAGCAGGAGACAGGGAACCAGGAAGGGGAGGAGCAGCAGGGUUGGUGAGAGCAGAAGGGCGGUGCAGACCAAGAAGUGAUGGAUGGGGGAGAGAAGUCGUGUGGGGGCCGCAAGCGUAUGCAUUGGACGGCUGGGGGGGGGCAGCAGGGCAGGCCGUGCAAGGCUGGGGGGGGCUAGCCUUAGCCCCUCACAGCCGCACCCGCACACCCGCGUCCGUCUCACAGCCUCACAGCAACCCCUUGGGUGUGGUUUCUUCCCAUUGGGAGGGAGUGCCUUUCCCAAGAGAGAGUAUGGACUGGUAUGGUCGCAUUCCCGUGGCUGCUCCUGCUGCUGGCUUCCCGUGUGCGGGGGCUGUGAGGGUGCCACGUGGCAUGCCAGGAGGGCUAACACGUGGAGCACUGGCGCCCCUGGCGUCAGCUCCUGUGUUGCCACCUGGCGCACUGCCACGUGGCAUGAUGGCGGCGCCAGCGGUGCGCGUUUUGCCACCUGGCAUGCUGCCAGGUGGCGGGGACCGGGGAUCUGUUAAUGGUCUACUAGACUGGAGCCCUAGCCUUGCUGCGUUCCCUCGCUUAGCAAUGGGAACUGUGAGCGAUGCAGCAAUCUGGGUAGCGAAGGGUGGAGCAGCAGGAGUAAGGAAGGACGCAGCAGAGGGAGCAGGGACGGGUGCAGCGGAAGGAGCAGGGAAGGAUACAUCAAGGGAGGUAGAGAAGGGCGGUUCAACAGGAGUAGGGGUGCACGAGGAAGGGGAGGAGAGGGGGCAGGGGAAGGGGCAGGAGGAGGGGCAGGAGGAGUGGGAGGAGCAGUGA